CUCCAAACACUCUUCAUUUUUGUCUGACUUGAACCUAACUAAGCAUAACUUGAACUGCCUACACCGAGAGAGAAAGGAGUGGAAAGUUGACCACGAUGGAGAACGGUAUGAAGUUAUUGCUGUCUGUGACAGUGCUGCUGUCUUUGACCACCGCACGGACAGGUGCUAUGGAGAGUCAGGACAACCUUCAAGAGCUGGUGCAGAUCAGAGAAAAGAGACAGCUUUCAAAUCAGACACUGAGAGUCACUACCAUUCUGCAAAGUCCAUUCAUUAUGGCCAACCCUUCAGGAGGUUUCGAAGGAUUCUGUAUUGACUUGCUUCAAAUCUUCGCGGAAAAGUUAAAGUUCCAUUAUGAAAUCAAACUUGUAAAGGAUGGUUUCUACGGAAGCAAACUGGAAAAUGGAAAAUGGACAGGAAUGCUGGGAGAAUUGAUGGAAAAAGAGGCAGACAUGGCCAUCGCUCCAUUGACCAUCACCAUGGAACGUGAGAAGGCGUUCAGCUUUACCCGUCCGUUCAUGUCUGUGGGAAUUAGCAUCCUGAUACGUAAAGACUCCAACAGCCAGGGUGCCAGUCUUUUCCAGUUCCUGAGCCCAUUCACGGCUAACACCUGGCUCAGUCUGCUCAUCGCCUACACCUUGACCUGUUUCUGCCUGUAUCUUGCAGCAAGACUGAGUCCCAAUGAGUGGAGGGAGCCCGAAGUUGAAGAUACUCAUUUCUCACUGCUUGACAGUUUCUGGUUUGGAGCCGGAGCUCUCUCUCUACAAGGUGUGGGGCCACAUCCCAGAUCUCUGUCCACACGUAUCAUUGGGGCAACCUGGUGGCUGUUCAGCAUCAUUUUCCUGGUAGCAUACGCUACAUAUUUUGCAGCCUCAUUGAAUUCAGAGGCACAGGCGCCACUGAUCAAUUCCUUUGCUGACCUUGCAAAACAAAACGAAAUUGACUAUGGCACAGUAUAUGGCGGUUCAACGUUCUCAUUCUUCAAGCUCUCAAAGAUUGAAACCUACCAUAAAAUCUAUGAGAGAAUGAACAAUAAAGGUGAUUCUGUCUUAGUUCAUACAAUGAAAGAAGGGAUACAACGAGUGCUCAACUCCAACUACGCCCUGAUUGGUGAAUCCUCAACAAUAGACCUGGCUGUUGCAGAGCACUGCAACUUGAUGAGGAUCUCCAACUUUGCAGCUAUUAGGGGAUAUGGAAUUGCCACUCGCCUCGAUGACCCACUUAGAGACUAUUUAUCUCAGACCCUUUUGGAGCUUGAGGAAUCUGGACAACUUCAGCAGCUGCAAGCAAAAUGGUGGAAGUCUUCAUGUCAUUCUGAACACUCAGCAGGAUGGAGUCCACUGGAAGUAAAGCAGAUUGGAGGCACCUUCCUGUUUCUAGGAAUUGGAUUGUCGUUGGCCUUAGUUGUUGCUUGCAUCGAAUUGGCUGUGAAAUCAAGAAAAAAGGCUGAUCAAGAUAAAUCCUGUUGCAGCAUCUUCACUGAAGAAGUUAGCCUUCGGUUUAAAGAGAGAAGUGAUGCCAGUAAAAAGACCAAGGCCUGACUUAAUGAAGAUGUCUGUUCACUCUGAUGAUCCAAGCUAACCCACUUCAAUCCUUCUCCUAAUGCAAGUCAUAAGUUGAAUCAAACAACUGCUAACCUAGAAAACUGUAGCACAUACCUAAACAACCAACUUUGAAAAAGACUUACUUAUUUUAUGUAACUAGAAAUUGGUAAUUAAAAAGUUAAAAUGCAUUGUAAAAACAGGCUUUGGAAAUGAUGUUAGACAAUGCAGAAAUAAACUGCAACAGUACAUGUCAGAAGUAGGAAAUGUUUUCAAACCAAUUAAUUGCAAACAGACCAGGCGGGAUUGAGUCAUACUCCACAAGAUCUGAAGUCUGACUAUCCCAGUGGGCCAGCCAAUUCCAAGAAUUUAUCAUCUCUACUGGUGUUGGUUUUCGAAACCUUAGCCUGACUGUACAACGUGAGGGGCAAUUUUAAUUCAGUUCUUGGAUAAGUCUAUAGUACAAAGCUUACACUAACUUUGCACAAAAAGACAAAAGCAAUCUGAAUGGCCAAAAAAAGGGUUGCUCUCAAAUAUUGGAAGUACUAGUUCAACAAGGGAAAUUUGAGGUUAGGUGUAAGCACAUUGUUUUAUUUGACUGCACAAUCCUCAACAUUUAUAUUUUGUGCCUGACCUGGGGAACACAAUGCUUAAAAUAGGACAGUACUUUAUUCUCCAGCACCCUGCAAUUUAAAGAACUUUUUGAUUUAUUUUAAAACUUGCAUGGCUUUAUUUGUCACGCUACUUUAUCUAUUAUUUACGCAAUAUUCAGUAAAAGCUUCAUGUCAUGUCAGUGUUGAUUUAGACUGUUAUCUUAAUAAAAUAUUGUAUACAUA